GCUGAUAUUCUUCUGCCAAUCCCCCCGCGAUCGCCGGAGAGUGAAUAAGAAAAGUGGCGACGGAGAUGGCGGAGAAGGAGGAGGCGGCGGCACCGGCACCGGCGCCAGCGUUCUUGAGGAAUAGAUACUGGGUACUGAGGCAUGGGAAAAGCAUUCCAAACGAGAAAGGAAUCAUCGUCUCCUCAAUGGAGAAUGGCAUCCGUCCAGAAUACCAACUCGCCGAGGAAGGCGUUAUUCAGGCACAGUUGGCUGGAGAAUUGCUCCUCAAGGUUACAUAUUUUUCCUUUUCCAUUGGCUUUCUACUCAUUGCAAUAAGGCUUUGUUGGGGAACUUGUAAAAUCGUUUGGUGUAUGCAGGAGUUGAAGGAAAACGGUAUUCCACUUGAUAGUGUGAGAAUCUGCUAUUCUCCAUUUGCUAGAACAAGCCACACUGCUAGAGUUGCUGCAUCAGCUUUGAGUAUCCCAUUUGAAGGCCCUCAAUGUAAGGUGAUUGAAGAUCUCAGGGAACGGUAUUUUGGCCCUUCGUUCGAACUUAAGUCACACGAUAAGUAUGCAGAGAUAUGGGCACUUGAUGAGAAGGACCCAUUCGCGCAACCAGAAGGUGGAGAAAGUGUGAAUGAUGUUGCUACCAGACUUUCUACUGUCAUCUCAAAACUAGAGUUGGAAUUUGAAAGAUGUGCAAUCUUGGUGGUUAGCCAUGGUGAUCCCUUGCAAAUCUUGCAGACAGUACUCCAAGCUGCCAAGCAAGAAGGACCAACAGGGAGUGAAGACGUUGUGUCCAGACUCCAAGCAGUCAGAAUCCCUUCUGUCUUAUCCCAGCACCGGAAGUUUGCCUUGCUAACUGGAGAACUGCGAGGAGUUGUAUGAACUAGGGCCGAAAAUAUAAGGCUUUCCGAUUUCAAUUCAUGGCUGCAGAUGUAACAAACAAAACCAAAAUGUUGAUUUCAUUAAUAGCAAUAAGCAUCUGCCUAUCGUUGUGCACUUCUGUGCGUGUAAUUUCCCAUUGAGCGUUAACUCUUUCAGCUGCAAUGGUGAUGAAGAUAUGCUUAGCUAAAUUGAAAGAAACGAAGUGGGAGUUCUUCAAACAAGGUUACCAAAUUUUCUUAAUACAUUCAGAGUCAUAGCAGCAUCACAAAAAUAGCAAGCUCUCUAUAGAUACUCUAUACAAGUUGCAAUAAUCAUCUGGCCAGUUCUUUUACGUUUUCUCCUAAUCUUUAGUAAUCCACCUGUUGCCCCUGACCUGAUAACCACCAUAGCUCUGGUCGCUGUUGCUUUCUCCCCCACUCUCGCCACUAUUAUUAUUACUAUUCCCUGCUCUCCGUCGAUGCUUCUUCGUUCUUGUUACCCCGCUGUCACUCAAACUCCCAUUUAAGAGAGGGUCAUCUAUACCACGAAUGACUCUCCGCGGGGAUGAUAAACAACUAUCAUCCUUCGUUCUCUUCUUAUCCUUAUCAUGCUUUCUCAUAUUCUCAGAGAUCUUGUGUAAUUUCUCAUUGAAUUUCGUGAUUCCCUUCUCCACUGGCUCCACUGCCUGGGUUACAGUGAACUUAACGUCGUUGACUAUAAAUCCACCGCCACCAACAACCACAUCCCGCAUACUUUCUUUCAGUGUCAUCCCGCUCCUGACAUCUUCAUCAGGCUGGGGGAGGCGUAGUUUAGUAGGGCGCUCACUGUCCCUGACCUCAUCGGGAUCUAUAGGGCAAUCCACUGAUGCAUAAUCUCCAAGGACAGAAAUUGUUCCGGUGAAACGAUCUCCCAUCAGUGCAUAUGGCUUUGCAGGGAAAACAUACAGAUGAACAACCGAAGCAAUGCCCAUCUGUCCUGGAUGAAUCCAUCAGACCUGUUAGACCUCAAUCAUCUCCAAGAAAAAGAAAUUACUCUAGAUAUAUGAUUUCAAAUACCAAUUAGACUAUAACUAUGAUGACACGAGAUCGAUCGUCACCAAAUAUACCUCAACACAGAUUAUGAAGUCCUGCAC